GAUUCUUCCUUCAAAAAACAAUUCAAAUGUUGUAAAAAUGUUACGAAAGAUUUCUAAACUUAGUUUUAACAAUGGCAGCAAGACCAUCUUGCAGUCUUGUCAUCGACAGCUGCACAAAAUGCCAGAACAUUUGCAACAAGUGGAGACCGAAAAGGAUCCCGAAUUCUCAUCGAUGAUCAUGUUCUACUACCACAAGGCCGCACAGCUGCUGGAGAAGGAACUGAAUCGCCAGAUGGAUGUCUACACGUACAUGACACCCGAUCAGAAGUCGCAGCGAGUGGAGGGCAUCCUGCAGAUGAUUGGGUCUGUGAACACAGCUCUAGAGGUGAAUAUGAGCAUCAAGCGGCAGAAUGCGUACGAAGUGAUUACAGGGUAUCGCGCGCAUCAUUCGCUGCAUCGCUUGCCACUCAAGGGAGGCAUUCGAUAUGCCACGGAUGUGACAGGCAGCGAAGUAAAGGCCCUGGCCGCCAUCAUGACCUUCAAGUGCGCCUGCGUGAACAUUCCUUUUGGUGGCUCCAAGGGCGGGAUAUGCAUUGAUCCCAAGCGAUAUUCCUCCGAUGAGCUGCAGAACAUCACGCGACAAUACACCAUGGAGCUGCUCAAGCGGAACAUGAUUGGUCCUGGCGUGGAUGUCCCCGCGCCAGAUGUGAAUACCAGCGGCCGGGAGAUGGCCUGGAUGGAGGAUCAGUAUAGCAAGACCUUCGGCUUCAAGGACAUCAAUGCCAAGGCCAUUGUGACGGGUAAACCCCUGCACAAUGGCGGCGUUGGAGGACGUGAGUCAGCCACGGGACGUGGCGUCUGGAAAUCUGCAGAUAUCUUUCUGCAAGACAAGGAGUGGAUGGAUCAAUUGGGCUGGCAGAGGGGUUGGCAGGACAAACGGAUUGUCAUUCAGGGUUUCGGGAAUGUGGGCUCCUUUGCUGCCAAGUUCGCCCACGAAGCGGGUGGAAAAAUUGUGGGCAUCAAGGAGUGGGAUGUUUCCAUCACAAAUCCCGAUGGCAUCGACAUUGAAGAUCUUUUGGCUUAUAAAACCCAAAACGACAGCAUCAAAGGUUAUCCCAAAGCACAGGAAUCGAAGGAGGAUCUGCUGAUUGCCGAUUGUGAUAUUUUGAUACCCUGUGCCACACAAAAGGUCAUCACCAGCGAGAAUGCCAAGGAUAUCAAAGCAAAGUUCAUACUGGAAGGUGCCAAUGGGCCUACGACUCCAGCAGCCGAGACAAUUCUCAUCGAUCGUGGGGUACUCAUCCUGCCCGAUAUGUUCUGCAAUGCGGGUGGGGUGACCGUUUCAUAUUUUGAGUAUUUGAAGAACAUUAAUCAUGUGUCCUAUGGGCGGAUGAGCGCCAAACGCAUCUCUCAGACGAUCAAUGCGCUGUUUGAUUCGAUUAAUGAGUCGCUCUGUAAUUGCGACAUCAAAUGUCCCCACAUUGAACCCAGCGAGCGUUUGAAACGCAUUCGUGAUGCCCGCGAGGAGGAUAUUGUCGAUGCUGCGCUGCAAACUGUCAUGGAAAUGUCCGCUUUGGGCAUCAAGAAGACUGCCAUUAAAUUUAAUGUACAAAAAGAUCUACGUACGGCUGCCUAUAUCUGGUCCACGCUGAAGAUUUUCCGCGUGAUGGAUGGUUCGGGCAUUUGGUAGGAAAAUCAAAGCACUUGUCGAUAAGAAAUACCAAAUAAAAGUUAAAUUCAAGC